AUGAAUCUGAUAGUAGUAGUUUCGUUUAGCUUGAUUGUGCUAACGUAUGGAUCGUCGUUCAUUUACGCGGAGGAGGAGCGGCUUCUGGUGAACAUGACUGUGGUUCGAAACGCUACGGCUCUCGAAGCUUAUUGCUUGGAUGGAAGUUUGCCGGCUUAUCAUCUCCACAGAGGAUUUGGCGCUGGAGCACGCAACUGGCUUUUGCAGUUUGAGGGAGGCGGGUGGUGCAAUGACAUCAACUCAUGCUUGGGUAGAGCCAAAACUCAUCGUGGAUCAACACGUUACAUGAGCAAGUGGGAGGUCUUCUCUGGAAUUCUUAAUAACAAUGUUUCUCUAAAUCCUGAUUUUUACAAUUGGAAUCGAGUGAAGCUUAGAUAUUGUGAUGGAGCAUCAUUUGCUGGGGAUGCCAAGUUUGACAAUGGAACGUCAUUACUUUAUUUCAGAGGGCAGAGGAUCUGGCAAGCAAUUAUUCUUGACCUUCUCCCAAAAGGUCUUGGCAAUGCCAGAAAGGCUCUGCUUUCGGGAUGUUCUGCUGGGGGUUUGGCAUCCUUUUUGCACUGUGACAACUUCACCAGCUAUCUACCAAGUAACGCAAGCGUGAAAUGCUUGAGUGAUGCUGGAUUUUUCUUGGAUGCAAGAGACAUAAGUUUGAACUACACUAUGAGAUCUUUCUAUGAAGACGUUGUUUCUUUACAGAUGUUAUCAAGCAAUUUCCAGGGUGUAGAACAGAAUCUUGAUAAAAACUGCACGAGUUCUGGUCACGAUCCACAAGAAAAUGCAUUGCCAUACAUCAGAACACCAUUUUUCAUCUUGAACUCGGCAUAUGAUGUGUACCAAUUUCAUCACAUAUUGGUGCCGCCUUCUGCUGAUUUGGUUGGACAUUGGAAUCACUGCAAGCUUAAUCCAGCAGCCUGUAGCACAGACCAGAUAAAUAUUUUGCAAGGAUUCAGGAACGAUAUGCUUACAGCUUUGGGGUAUUUCUUUGAAAAUUCUGGAAGAGGAGGAAUGUUUAUAAAUUCUUGUUUUGCUCAUUGUCAAAGCGAGUCACAGGACACAUGGUUUGCAGCUGAUUCCCCAAGAGUGCACAAUAAGACCAUUGCAGAAGCAGUAGGUGAUUGGUACUUUGGAAGAAGGGUCUCUAAGGAGAUUGACUGUGCAUAUCCUUGUGACACCACUUGUCAUAACAUAAUCGGCUGAUACUAUAGACCGAGAUAUUGCAGGUUCAGUAGAAGAUUUGAAGGCAAAUACAACAUAGAGAAGUCAUUUUCAUGGGGAUUUCUUAUUCUCAGCUUUACACAAGGAGAGAUUAUACAUUUUUGUAUACAAUCUACACGUUUUUUUAACUUCUACCGAUUAAU